CUGUGCGCCGUGUUCCGCUGCGGCGUGGCAGCGCUUUGGGGCUGCUUGCUUUGGUCCUUCCCCGAGCGGAGCCUGGAGGUGGGAUCCCCCGUGUGCCAUUCGUGCCCAUGGUGCUGCAGCUCAUUGGGGAGCUGCUGAGGAGCCGUUUUCCCAUCCAUCCCCACGCAGGCAGCAAGGCGAAGGCGGGCGCCGUGCGCUUCGCCCCCAGCCAGCCGAGCGAGGGGAACCCCGGCCACGUCCACUUCGAUGAGAAGCUGAGAGACUCGGCCGUGAUGGUGACGCAGGAGAGGGACGGCCACGUCCUUGUCAAGGUCGGCUUCCUGAAGAUCCUGCACAAGUAUGAGAUCACCUUCCUGCUGCCCCCAUCGCAGCGGCUGGGGAGGGACGUGUGUGCUCUGCCCCUGCCCAACCCCAACCUCAAAGUCCUCGGUGUCACUGCGGUGCCUGAAGGCUACAGUGUGAGGUGUGAGUACACGGCUCACAAGGAGGGUGUGCUGAAGGAGGAGAUGCUCCUGGCCAGCGAGACCGGGGAUGGCUCCUGCCUUAAGGUGGUGGUGCAAGCACGUGUCAUGGGUAAGGGCUGAGGACGUCCGACUGGGGUUCAUGUCCUGGGGUUUGGUGGGAUCUGUGGGCUUUGUGUGGUUCAUUGGAUUUUGAAACCGUGAUACCUCCCCAGUACAACCCAAUGGGUAGACCUGGCAGCUAUGUGCUCCCAAUACAACCCAAUGGGUAGAUCUGGCAGCCCAGUAUCUUCCCAAUACAACCCAAUAGGUAGACCUGGCAGCCUUGUGCUCCCAAUACAACUCAAUGGGUAGACUUGGCAGUCCAGUGUCCUUCCAAUACAACCCAAUGGGUAGACCUGGCAGCUAUAUGCUCCCAAUACAACUCAGUGGGUAGACUUGGCAGCCCAGUUUCCUCCCAAUACAACUCAGUGGGUAGACUUGGCAGCCAAUGGAUAGACCUGGCAGCCUUGUGCUCCCAAUUCAACCCAUGGGUAGACCUGGCAGCUAUAUGCUCCCAAUACAACUCAG